ACUGCCAGGCGGGAGACUUGAUUACGCGUUAUUGAUCUUGGACGUUUUUACCAUUACAAAUAUCGUCCGGGCCAUGUAGCCGCGGCUACGAAUACUCGGCUCAACCGUAUCCCGAUGAAGGUUAACGUAUAAUACUCCGCCUUCUCCUCGCGCUCGAAUUCUACAAACCCAGCCCGUUAACCAAUCGUUUGUUCAUAUUCACGGUAUAGUCUUAUUUAAAUUCUAGACGAGAGCUGUGAUUUUAUACUUUAUCUAGUAUACAGCAUACAUAGAAUAUUUAUAUAUCAUAUCAUCAUGGAUUUCAGUCAGUGGGGUAAUCCCAGCAAAGAAUGGCUCGCCUUCGCAGCGGCAAACCCGGCGCUUCUGGCACGGAGCGACGACCAUCUGCCGCCGUUGGUUUUGCAGCAGAAGACGAAUCAUGCGCGUACCACAAUCGCCAAGACCCUCGUCGCUACCACAGGUCUCGGUAAUCUUGUGACCACAGAGGAUUACGUCGUAUCGACUCGGGAUGGAAAAUCUAUCACCGUGCGGAGUUAUCGGCCAAUCUUGUUAGGAUCAAAGCCGCUUCCCGGCUAUGUGUUUUUCCACGGCGGCGGUUACUUCUUCGGCGCGUUGGACACGGAGCUCUUCAACUGCUCAUGGCUGGCGCACGCAUUGUCCAUGACCGUCGUCCAUGUCUGCUAUCGUCACACGCCGCAUGUGAGCGGGUUGACACCGUGGCACGACGCCCUCGACGGCUUUGAGUGGGUGGCUACGCAUACGGAGAAGCUCGGCGUCGACCCGUCCCGUAUCGUCGUAGGCGGCAUCUCCGCAGGCGGAUCGCUCACGGCGUGCGUAGUGCAGAACGAGGUGCGGCGGGCACGCGAAACCGGCGCGCCUUGCCGUGUCCACGGCCAGGUCUUAGGCAUUCCAAACUUGGUCAACAUCAACGCGUUUCCUUACCACCUCUUCGCUGACAAGGAGAAGACAUCUCCUGAGCAGUGCGCGGAUGCUGCCGUCAUCCCGAGGCAGCGUAUGAAAUUAUUCAUGGAUAUGCUGGGCAGCGAGGUCGAUCCAUCUGACCCGACCUGGAGUCCGGCGCUGAUCGACGAAGAGGACUUGCGAGGCACGCCGCACACGGCUGUUUUAGUUGCCGGCUGGGACCCAAUCCGAGACGAAGGGUUGUGGUACGCGCAAAAGUUGAAGAAUGCCGGUGUCCGGACAAAAGUCCAUAUCUUCCCGGGUCUCCCUCACGCUUUCUACGCCUUUGUGGGGUUGCCCUCGCACAAGCACUGGAACGAAAUCAUGCUCGAUUCCUUGCGCUGGGCGGCGGCUGAGGAAGACGGAUGGAUCGUCGAGGAGCCUCCUGUGAUGUCGCCGCUCAUGGAAAAGGCCUUGUCGAUCGGGGCCCCGGUAGACCCGACAACUCCCGGUGCUACUCCUGCAGAUAUGGCAAAGUCGGGAAACCUUCUUCGAGGAGAAUAAUCGAGGAGAAUAAUGUUUCCUCGAGGAAAAUGAUACUUCCUCGAGGUUCCUCGGGGAUGAUACGUACCUAAUUAGUAGGCUAGGU